AUGUCCUACUCUGAAUCUGAAUCUGAAUCUGAAUCGAGCUUCGUGUUAGUGGAAGUAGUCGAGGUUGAGGAGAGCUUUGAUGAAGAUUCGUAUGAGCUCGAUGAUGUUGAGACUGAGAAUGAGCAAGAAGUUUCGGGUGAAUCGGAAACCGAAGAAGAUGCGGAAGAAGACGAAAAGCCAGAAGAGCUUCAACAAUCAGAGGUUUGUUAUUGACACCUUUUUCUCAUUGUACCCUUAUUUCUUCAGCAGACGGCUCAAGAAACGGAAAAUGAAAGCGAAAGUAGGCCUUCAAGACCUAUGAUUCAACCCGAAACGCUCCAAGAGACAGCAAAGGCUCAGGAAGAGGUAACCUUUAGUUUUCGAGAACUUUUUUUAAAAGAAAUUCUAUUUGCAGACGGUCACUUCUCAAAUAAGCGGAGAGUGGAGACUUGUGGAGGCGAGGAACCUCCAACACUAUCUCGAACGAAUCGGAGCCAAUGCGGAGGUCCAAUCUCGUUGGAGGCUCGGACACAUUCACUUUCAAUUCGAAGCCGGCGAGAUGACCGCAUUCACAACGCACGAAGAUCAAGUUUACCACGAAACCGUAGCCACUCUUCGAGCCCCGAAGAGAUCCGUCAGAUCCGUUUGUACGCAUUUCGUGAAGGACAAUCGUCUGAUGACAUGCAAGUCUAACCUCGAAACCGGAGAAGAGUAUCUGACAACGGAACGGUUCGUAAUUGACGGACUUCUUCAUAUCACGAACACGCGAAACGGAGUCACUUGUCAAAGGAUUUAUAGAAAAGUUUUGGUGUAA